ACGCACAGUAGAAUGUUUCCCUACCUUUCUAUUUACACCUUGUGAAUUUGGAAUUCCUCUUUUCAGCAGGCUUUCUUCACUGAAAGAAAAAUGUAGAUGAAUUGGAAAACUGUAGAUGCGAAUCAAUGGAGAAUAAGAUCAACAUCCUAGAAAAGAAUUUUGAAGAACAUGGUUGUGAUUGGAUCAGUGAAUUACGUGAUUCAUUGCUUCUUCACAUCCUAUCUUUCCUUCACAUGGAGGAUGUGCUUAGGACAAGCUUCUUGUCGAGAAGAUGGAGAUAUGUAUGGACAUCCAUCACUACGAUGGAUUUCAACUUCGGACCCUCUCAUGAGAGGAUCUUGAGACCUAUCGAAUACGGUACCACCUUUAUCGAUAAAUCAACAUCUCUUCAUACUGGGGUUCGGUAUUUUCGUGUCCAUUUCGAUUCUCUAGAACUAGACCACUAUCCUCCGCGAGUUAGUUCAUGGAUCCAUUUUGCAGUUGACCAUAAUGUGGAGGAACUUGAUUUGGCCUUUGCUGGCGAAGGUAAUACAUUUGUAGAGGUUGAGGAUUAUGAUGAAUGUAAGUUGACUCCGUUUAUGUUUAACUGUAAAUCGUUAAGGACGCUAUCAUUGACAUAUGUUGCUCUCGACCCACCUACUUCCACGAGUUUUAGCUCUCUCAAAACUCUUUAUCUCGCACGGAUUAUAUUGUCUGCUAACAAGAUAAAAAAUUUGACUUCCAAUUGUCCACUCUUGGAAGACAUUGUUGUCAAAGACUGCAGCUCUGCACAGAAUCUCGACAUCUUUGUUGAAAAUCGGCAGCUUCAUUGCUUAACAGUUAUGGACUCUGACCUUUAUCAUUUUUAUGAUGAUCAUGAUUAUGAUGACCUUUACAUUGCUUUUGGAAAUGGUUUUGAUGAUAUGGGAUAUAUGACUACUAAGAUUGAGAUUUAUGCCCCAAAUCUGUUGUCCUUGAAAUUAAUUGGGAACAAGCCGCAGAGAGAGUAUCGUAUAAAGAACUUACAGUCUCUUGUCGAGGCCAGCAUUGAUUAUGAGGAAGAACUUUAUAAUGGUUGCCAUGAGUGCUGUGAACACAACAUCAAUUCAUUGAAGGGACUUCUUGAAGAUCUUUGACAUGUUAAAGACCUUAAAUUAUGUAGUUGGUGUAUUCAGCUUCUAUCUUCAAGGGAGUUACAAUGUCUAGAUGCUUUAUCCAUGAAUUCCACACGUUUGGAUCUGAUGACCGGAUUGAGUAAAUGGGAGCUCCCAGGGAUUGCCCACUUGCUAAAGAGUUGUU